CGCAUUCUGAUCUUGGCGUCACACAGAGCCGAGACGACGCUGUCAGAUGCCACGUUGACAUCUGGGAAUAACUACAAACUGCAUUUUUUUCUCCACACAUCGAGAUCCCGACAUUUUUCUUUUUUAAUUCUUUUUUUUUUUUUUUUUUUUUUGCACACAGAUGCGGGGCCGAGAACUUUCCAAAAGGGGUUUUAUUCCGCCGUUCCCGGAUCACAACCCUCCUCCACCGGUGUCCACUCAUUUGUACGUGAUCCUAGUUUCAAGGGGAUUAUCAUGCCUGCAAAUGGUGACUGUCUGGAUCGAUAUUUAGCUGCGCGGCAAGUCGGAAGGGGAACGUUUUGGUUUUGACGCGGUUCGUGCCUAUACGUGGAGCAGCAGACGAGCGAUCGCCGUGAUUUUUUUACGCGCGUGGAGUCGACCAGCUUCCACUUGAAGCGUUUCAUUUGGGUUUGCUGAUCCCCCCCACCCCGUCCCCGCUCUCUUUUCCCCAGGUGUGAAAUUCCCCAUUCAAACAGACUCUGAGCCGUUCGGUGCCUGCAAGAUAUGCUUCAAGCCAGUUGCUCGCUCCGAGCCUCCUCCAUGCAUUGGGAAUUUUCUCAGCACCGACACCGAGUGAAUAGCUCUUUUCUAACCAUCUGAGAACUAUCACUGUAGCGUAGACCCGGAGAGGAAGCUUUUGCCAUGGACACCGCUUCGAGUCAGGACGAGGCAACCGGACCCGAGAGGGGACCGGAAUGCGCACGCCAGAGAGGGGACAGGAUUGGGAUUUUUGCUGUGAUGAGUGGGGGAGCGCGUCAGUGGAGCCGGGUGAUGCUUGUGCUCUAUGUGGGGCUUCUCAGCGCAUCGGUAAAGGCUCAGAACUGUAGCUACACACUACACAGUUCCAAUGGGACGAUAGAGAGCCCCGGCUACCCUUACGGUUAUCCCAACUAUGCCAACUGCACGUGGGUGAUUGUGGCAGCUGAGCACAACCGGAUACAGCUGGUGUUUCAAGGCUUUGCCCUGGAGGAAGACUUUGACAUCUUGUCCAUUUAUGACGGGCCAUCCAGUCCCGGGAACCUGCGGACAAGGUUAACUGGGUUCCAGCUGCCAUCACCCAUUGUAAGCACAGGCUCCAGACUCACUUUGUGGCUGCUAUCUGACUACGCAGUGAGCGGCCAGGGAUUUAAAGCAUCCUAUGAAGCUUUGCCCAGCUACAACUGUGGUAAUCCCGGGCUGCUCCUCAACGGUCAGCAGCAAGGGACCACAUUCAAUAUCGGAGACAAAAUCCGGUACAGCUGCAACCCGGGUUAUGUGCUGGAGGGUCACACAACGUUGUCUUGCCUUGCCACUUCAGCGGGCACUGCUGCAUGGGAUUUCCCCCUGCCCUACUGCAGAGCAGACGACGGGUGUGGCGGGACACUUCGCGGCCAGAGCGGCGUGAUCACCACUCCCAAUUACCCUGCUGAGUACAACAAUAAUGCUGACUGCACGUGGACUGUCCUGGCCGAGCCGGGAGACACCAUUGCCCUGGUGUUCUCUGACUUUCAUCUGGAGGAUGACUACGACCUGCUGGAGGUCAGCGGUACAGAGGGCUCGUCGCAGUGGUUCACUGGCCCUAACCUGCCUUCCCCAAUAAUUAGCAGCAAGAACUGGCUUCGUCUGCAUUUCACAUCUGAUGGCAACCACAAGCUGAAAGGGUUCAGUGCUCAAUACCAAGUGAAGAAGAUGACUGAGCUGAAGUCUCGAGGCGUAAAGUUGUUACCGAGCAAAGACAACUACCACAAGAUAUCAGUCUUGUCUCAGAUGGGUGUGGCACAAGGGCACAACAUGUGUCCAGACCCUGGCAUUCCAGAUCGGGGAAAAAGAAAAGGCUCAGAUUUCAGGCGAGGAGCCACCGUGCAUUUCUCCUGCGACGAGGGUUACGAGCUGCAGGGCUCCAAGAGCAUCAGUUGUCUGCGAGUGACUGACAGCUACGUGGGCUGGAGUGACGAGCGGCCCAUCUGCAGAGCCCCAGUGUGUGGAGGUCAAUUAAGAGGACCUACUGGUGUCUUGACAUCCCCAAACUACCCGGUUCAAUACGACAACAAUGCCAACUGCACUUGGGUCAUCACUGUGAUGGACACAUCUAAGGUGAUAAAGCUGACUUUUGAGGAUUUUGACCUGGAGCGAGGCUAUGACACGCUGACAGUGGGGGAUGGCGACGUGGUGGGGGACCAGAAGACGAUCUUUCACGUCCUGUCAGGUACCACCACUCCGGACCUCGUGGUCAGUACCAGUCACCAGAUGUGGCUCAAUUUCAAAACAGACGACACCAGCGGCUCUCUGGGCUUCAAGGUGUCUUAUGAAGAAAUUGACCAAGGCAGCUGCGGUGACCCUGGUAUCCCAGCUUAUGGUAAACGAGAGGGGACAGGUUUCCGUCAUGGGGACAGGCUGUAUUUUGAGUGUUUGCCUGCCUUCGAGUUAGUGGGAAAGAAGAACAUCACCUGCCAGAAGAACAACCAGUGGUCCGCCAAGAAACCCAGCUGUGUUUUUUCCUGUUUCUUCAACUUCACCACACCCUCAGGGGUGCUGCUGUCCCCAAACUACCCGCAAGAGUAUGGCAACAACAUGCACUGUGUUUGGCUGAUCAUAACGAACCCGGAGAGCCGAAUUAAUUUGGCCUUCAACGACUUGAGCAUGGAGAAACAAUUUGACUUCCUCUCGAUUAAGGAUGGGGGAAAGGCCGAGUCUCCCAUUCUGGGCACCUUCUCUGGUGAUGUUCUCCCUCCUCCCAUAACAACCAGUGCCCACGUUGCCCGCCUGGAGUUCUUGACUGACCACACCUACACAAACAGAGGCUUUAACAUCACUUUUACAACAUUUCGCCACAAUGAGUGCCCCGACCCAGGAGUCCCGGUCAAUGGGAAACGGUUUGGUGAAAGCCUUCAGCUGGGAAACUCCAUCUCAUUCCUGUGUGAGGAGGGAUUUGUUAAGACCCAUGGCUCGCAAACCAUAUCCUGCAUCCUCAAGGAUGGCAAUGUGGUUUGGGACAAUGCUGUUCCUCGAUGUGAAGCCCCCUGUGGAGGAGAUCUGAAGGCUCCCAGUGGGAUCAUCCUCUCUCCUGGCUGGCCAGAACUUUAUAAGGAGGCCCUUAACUGUGAAUGGAUCAUUGAAGCUCCUCCGGGCUACCCCAUCAAAAUCAUCUUCGACAAGUUCCGCACUGAGGUCAACUAUGAUGUCCUCGAGGUCCGUGAUGGCCGUUUUCCCUCUUCACCACUGAUUGGAAGUUACCAGGGCACUCAAGUUCCUCAGUUCGUCAUCAGUACUUCCAGCUUCCUGUAUCUCCUUUUCUCCACAGACAAGAGUCACUCUGACAUCGGCUUCCGAAUACGUUAUGAAACUUUGCAGCUGCAGUCAGAUCACUGCGUGGACCCAGGCAUACCUGUCAACGGACUGCGACACGGCAACGACUUCUACGUGGGCGCUCUGGUGACAUUUAGCUGUGACGCGGGUUACACACUCAGUGAUCCGGAGCCUCUAGAAUGUGAACCCAAUUUUCAGUGGAGCCGCCCGCUGCCUAGCUGCGAUGCACUGUGCGGGGGUUACAUCCAGGGCAACUUCGGCACCAUCCUGUCUCCUGGCUUCCCAGACUUUUACCCGCACAACCUCAACUGCACUUGGAUAAUCGAGACCUCCCAUGGCAAAGGUGUACAGUUUAACUUCCACACUUUCCAUCUGGAGAGCCCUCACGACCACUUAUUGGUGGCAGAGAACGGCAGCUUCUCCCAGCCCCUGUGGAGAUUGACAGGCUCCACGUUGCCUACACCUCUGAGCGCCGGGUUGUUUGGGAACUACACGGCUCAGAUUCGAUUCCUUUCUGACUUCUCCGUUUCGUACGAAGGGUUCAACAUCACAUUUUCUGAAUAUGAUCUUGAACCAUGUGAGGAUCCAGGAAUCCCACCCUACAGUACCAGGAAGGGCCUCCAAUAUGGCGUGGGCGAUGCCCUCCUCUUUUCCUGUUUCCCUGGUUACAGACUAGAGGGUCCUGCGAGAGUGGUGUGCUUAGGGGGCAGGAGGCGGAUCUGGAGUUCCCCUCUGCCAAGGUGUGUUGCUGAAUGUGGCUCCUCCGUGACUGGCAUGCAAGGGGUGCUUCUCUCCCCCAACUACCCCGGUUACUAUGGUAACAACCACGAGUGCAUCUACUCCAUCCAGACGCAACCGGGUAAAGGCAUCCAGCUCAGAGCACGAGACUUCCGAUUAGAGGAGGAAGACAAACUCAAAGUGUUUGAUGGCAGCAGUAAUUCGGCUCGUCUGCUCGGAGUGUUUACAGGCAACGACAUGCUCGACACGACCCUGAACUCCACCUCCAGCUCCAUGUGGUUGGAGUUCAUCACCAAUGCAGACAAUACCAGCAAAGGCUUUGAGCUACACUUCACUAGCUUUGAACUGGUGAAAUGUGAAGAUCCCGGCACACCCCAGUUUGGCUACAAGCGAGAAGACAAGGGUAAUUUUGCAGGGAGCACUGUGUCGUAUAGCUGUGAUCCUGGCUACACCCUGAAAGGCCCUGAGGUGCUAACUUGCCUGAGGGGGGAGAGGAGGGCUUGGGGCAGCCCCCUGCCGCUUUGUGUUGCUGAAUGUGGGGGCACCAUUAAGGAUGAGCCCACCGGUCGGAUUUUGUCUCCAGGGUACCCAGCUCCAUAUGAACACAACUUGCACUGCGUGUGGACCAUUGAGGCCGCUCCUGGGAGCACUAUUAGUCUGCAUUUCCUGGUUUUCCACACCGAAGAGAUCCAUGACGUGCUUCAGAUCUGGGAUGGGCCCAAGGACGGUGGGGUGCUGCUAAGGGAGUUGAGUGGCUCCACGUUGCCGCCAGAUGCUCACAGCACCUUCAAUGCCAUCAGUCUGCAAUUCACCACUGACUUCUUCACUAGCAAGCAAGGCUUUGCAAUGCAGUUCUCUGUCUCUACCGCCACCUCAUGUAAUGACCCGGGCAUGCCGACUAAUGGGACCCGCAGCGGUGACAGCAGGGAACCAGGGGACCAUGUGGUUUUUCAGUGUGACCAUGGCUACAUCCUCCAGGGCGCCAACAGAAUCACCUGCACUGAGAUCAGUGGCCGUUACUUCUGGCAACCAGACCCUCCAACUUGCACAGCUCCAUGUGGAGGCAACCUGAGCGGUCCAAGUGGGCUCAUCCUUUCUCCGGAUUAUCCGGAGCCUUACCCUCAUGGGAGAGAGUGUGACUGGACUGUUACUGUCACAGAGGAUUAUGUCAUCGCCCUCAACUUCAACCAAUUCAGCUUAGAGCCCAGUUAUGACUUCUUACAUAUCUAUGAUGGGCCAGACUCCCUCAGCCCAUUGCUUGGAAGCUUCUACGGCACAGACGUUCCCGAUCGGAUCGAGAGCAGCUCCAACAAACUCUUCCUGGCCUUCCGCAGCGAUGCCUCCCUCAGCAGCAAUGGAUUUGUGCUUCAGUACACAGAGAACCCGCGGGAGUCAUGCUUCGAGCCGGGUCUGGUGCGCAAUGGGUCACGGGUGGGAACCGAACUCAAGCUGGGCUCCACCGUCGCUUACCACUGCGACAGUGGCUACACACUAGAGGGAGGACAAACCCUCACAUGCAUCAUGGGAGCAGAUGGCAAGCCAAGCUGGAACAAACCCAAACCCAUCUGCACUGCGCUGUGUGGUGGACAGUAUUCUGGUUUGGAAGGAGUGGUCCUGUCUCCUGGUUACCCUGGCAACUACAGCAGUGCAAGGAUAUGUCUUUACUCUGUGGUGGUUCCUCAAGAUUAUGUGGUCUUCAGCCAGUUUGCAUUCUUCCAAACAGCUCUGAAUGACAUUGUGGAGGUUUUUGAUGGGCCGACACAGUCCUCCCGUGUUCUUAGCUCUUUGUCUGGAACGCACACAGGCGAGUCAUUGCCAUUGGCGACAACCAACCAAAUCGUGAUACGCUUCACAUCGAAAGGCCAAUCCAGCUCGAGGGGAUUCCACAUAGUCUACCAGGCUGUGCCACGAACCAGUGCGACCCAGUGCAGCUCAGUCCCCGAGCCCCGGAAUGGCCGACGAAUGGGCAACAAUUUUGCUGUUGGCGCUGUGAUUCGCUUUGAGUGCAGCCCAGGUUAUGUGCUCGAGGGAAUGACCGCCAUUGAAUGUUUGACAGUGCCCAACGCACUGGCACAAUGGAACAGCUCCAUCCCCAGCUGCAUCGUUCCAUGUGGAGCUAAUCUUACCCAUCGUACCGGGACCAUUUUAUCACCUGGAUUUCCAGAGCCUUACCUCAACAGCCUCAACUGUGUCUGGAAGAUUACUGUUCCGGAGGGAUCAGGAAUCCAGCUCCAGGUCAUCAGCUUUGUCACAGAACAGAACUGGGACUCCUUGGAGGUGUUUGAUGGAGGAGACAACACUGACACUUUGCUUGGAAGUUUCUCAGGCACCACAGUUCCAGCUCUUCUCAACAGUACUUCCAACCAACUAUACCUCCACUUUUUCUCCGAUAUUAGCGUGUCUGCUGCUGGAUUCAGGCUGGAAUACAAAACUGUGUCACUGACCAGCUGUCCUGAACCAGUGGUUCCCAUGAAUGCCAUCAAGGUUGGGGAGCGUCUUCAGAUGAAUAAUGUGGUGUCCUUUCAAUGUGAACCUGGAUACACACUACAGGGGAAUUCACACAUCACAUGUAUGCCUGGAACUGUACGAAGAUGGAACUACCCUCCACCUCUCUGCAUUGCCCAAUGUGGAGGAAUCCGGGAAGAGUUGGAGGGCAUGAUACUCAGCCCUGGUUUCCCUGGCAACUACCCUAGCAACAGUGACUGCACAUGGAGGAUCUACCUGUCAGUUGGUUACGGAGCCCACAUCCAAUUUCUCAAUUUCUCCACUGAAGCCAACCACGAUUUCCUCGAAAUACGCAAUGGACCCCUGGACACGAGCGCUAUCAUUGGAAGAUUCAGCGGGCAGGAUGUUCCUUCUUCGGUUCUCUCCACCUCACAUGAGACGACUGUUUAUUUCCAUAGUGACCAUUCGCAGAACAAACCAGGAUUCAGGUUCGAGUACCAAGCUUAUGAACUACAGGAGUGCCCAGAUCCAGAACCUUUCCGCUACGGGGUGGUAGUGGGUGCCGGCUACAAUGUGGGCCAGUCCAUAUCCUUUGAGUGUCUGCCUGGAUACCAGCUAGUGGGACAUUCCAUCCUCACCUGUGAACACGGCACAACCCGUAACUGGGAUAAUCCUUUCCCUCGCUGUGAAGUGCCUUGUGGUGGAAACAUCACAUCGGACAACGGGACCAUCUUCUCUCCACGCUACCCAGAAGAAUACUUCAACUCGGCUGACUGCUCCUGGUUGAUCACUGUGGCUCCUGGCUUUGGAAUCAAGCUUAACUUCACCCUACUUCAUGUUCACGGGCCUCAUGACUUCAUAACUGUUUGGGAUGGCCCACAAGAAACGGCAAGGAAACUAGGUGUGUUCACUGAUGGCGAGCCCAAUGACCCCCCGAGGAGCACAUCAAAUCAGGUCCUGAUCCGUUUUCGUAGCAACACAGAGAAAGGUGGAUUGUUUCGCAUCGACUAUCAAGCUUAUAGGCUUCAGUCCUGUCUGCCUCCAACCAUCAUUCCCAAUGCAGAGAUCCUGAUGGCAAGCAAAGAGUUUAAAAUAGGUGACAUCGUGCGCUACAGGUGUAUCCCAGGCUACCAGCUAAGCGGCAACGACAUCCUCACGUGUCGCUUAUUGGCACACUUAGAGUUUGAGGGGCCGCCGCCCUCAUGUGAUGUGACGUGUCCCACGAAUGAGGUGUUGACAGCAUCCACAGGCGUCAUCAUGAGCCAGUCACCAGGCACUGGCUUCCCUCAUUUUGAGUCCUGCUCCUGGGUUGUCAAAGUCGAGCCCGGAUACAAUAUCACUUUCACGAUAGAACAUUUCCAGACCAGCCGUCAAUUUGAUGAGCUUGAAAUCUUUGAUGGCCAAUCAAGACAGAGUCCUCUUCUAAUCACACUCAGUGGUAACUACUCCAGCCCGCUCAGCAUCACCAGCUCCAGUAACAAAGUCUACCUGCACUGGUCCUUCGACCACGCGACCAGCCACAAAGGUUUCCGUAUACGCUAUUCAGCGGCCUACUGCAGCCCGCCCAACAACCCUGUAAACGGCACAGUGCACAGUCUGACAGGCACCAAGUUGGGAAGCACUCUGCGUUUCAGCUGUGACCAAGGCUUCCGACUUAUUGGCCAGAGCAGUGCCACCUGCACCCGCACUGCCCAGGGGAUCUAUCAGUGGAAUGCACCAGUGCCGCUCUGCCAAGUUACAUCCUGUGGAAUGCCAGUGCUUCCUGUCAAUGGUAGCAUUGUGGGCCAGGACUUCUCUCUCGGAGCCAGGGCUACAUACCAGUGCAAUCCUGGAUUCCGACUUGAUGGGCCUGUCACCGGUACAAUGGUCUGUCAGGAAUCUGGAAGGUGGAGUCCCAUUGAGGCCCCUCCUAGAUGUGUCCCGGUGACCUGCCCUGAUAUUGGCCACUCUGCAGUACAACAUGGGCGGUGGAGAUUAAUUUAUGGAACCCAAAACCAAUACGAUACUAUAAUGAUGCUCAUAUGUGACCCGGGGUAUUACUACAGGGGUCAAAGGGUCAUUCAGUGCCAAGCCAAUAGCACUUGGAACUACCCAGAUCCACGGCCUGUCUGUGAGAUUAUCUCCUGUAGUGAUCUUGGGACUCCACCAAAUGGCAACAAGAUAGGAACACUGACUGUUUAUGGAGCCACAGCAAUUUUCUCGUGCAAUACAGGUUACACUUUAGUAGGUUCCCGUGUUCGGGAGUGCAUGUCUAACGGACUUUGGAGCGGAACACAAGUCCAGUGUCUGGCUGGCCACUGUGGCAGCCCUGAGCCUAUUGUUAACGGCCAAAUCAAUGGGGAGAACUACAACUAUAGAGGUAGUGUUGUGUACCAGUGUAACCCAGGAUUUCGUCUCAUCGGGGUGUCCGUGAGAAUCUGUGAACAGGACCAUCGCUGGUCAGGACAAACCCCAGUUUGUGUCCCUAUCACAUGUGGUCAUCCCGGUAACCCCGCGUUUGGUAUGACACGGGGAACCCAGUUCAGUUUAAACGACGGUGUUCACUUUGUCUGCAAUACCGGAUAUAUUCUUCAGGGCGCUGUUGAGUCCCACUGCCAAGCCAAUGGGCAGUGGAGUAAUCCUCUCCCUCGGUGUAAAACUGUGAACUGUACAGAGCCAGGUCAAGUAGAGAACAGCGUUAGGCAAGUCUUACCCAGUGGACCACAUCGCUACAGCUUCCAGACCACCGUGUCAUACCGCUGCAACCCGGGCUACUACCUGCUAGGAACGAGCUCUAUUGCCUGUCAAGGUGACGGCACCUGGGACCGCUCCCUGCCCAAGUGCCUUUUGGUGUUGUGUGAUCGACCCAGCAUACCACCCUACGCACAGAUCUCAGGUGACCGUCGAACCGUGGGCUCAGUCAUCCGCUACAGCUGCAUCGGCCAGCGUACCAUCAUUGGAAACACGACGCGCAUGUGCCAGCUGGAUGCGCAAUGGAGCGGCUCACCGCCACACUGCUCUGGGGAAUCUGCAGGUCUUUGUGGAGAUCCAGGUGUUCCUGUGCAUGGCAUCCGGUUAGGGGAUGAAUUCACAGUGGGCAGCGCGGUGCACUUCAGCUGUGAGCCGGGUUACAUGCUGAAAGGUUCUCCAGAGCGAACGUGCCUGGCCAAUGGGACUUGGAUGGGUACCCAACCUGAGUGCCAUGUCAUAUCCUGUGGAAACCCUGGAACCCCUCGAAACGCCAAGAUCCUGAUCCACGAUGGCCUAACCUUUUCCAGAUCUAUUACUUAUGCCUGCAGGGAUGGCUACUACUCUACUGGCCUUCUCACCAGACACUGUACGAUAAACGGCACCUGGACCGGCAACAUGCCUGAGUGCUCUGUAAUCAACUGCGGUGACCCUGGAAUGCCAGCCAAUGGAGUGAGGUUGGGGAAUGAUUUUAUCUACAACCAUAGCGUAAGUUUCCAGUGUUCUCCUGGUUUCACCAUGGAUGCUGACCGCGCUUCCACCCUUAUCUGCACCAAGGCUCGCACCUGGAAUGGCACCAAGCCUCUGUGCAAAGCAAUUGUCUGCGGUCCUCCGCCGAGCAUUCCUAAUGGACAAGUUGUUGGUACAGACUUUAACUGGGGCUCCAGCAUCAGCUACUCCUGUAACCAAGGUUACCAGCUGUCACUACCCACCGUGCUAACUUGCCAAGGCAAUGGCAAUUGGAGCGGGGAGAAACCGCAGUGCUUUCCUGUGUUCUGCGGAGACCCAGGCUUGCCUGCCCAAGGGAGGAGGGAAGACCGAGGCUUUACCUACCUUUCCUCGGUCUCUUUUUCAUGCUUUCCCCCCCUUAUCCUGGUGGGCUCUACCAGGAGGUAUUGCCAAUACGAUGGCACCUGGAGUGGAACGCAGCCCUCUUGCAUAGAUCCAACUCACACCACCUGCACAGACCCAGGCACCCCUCUCUUCGGCAAUCAGAACAAUAGUCAAGGCUAUCAGAUCAGUGGCACGGUGUUCUUCAGCUGCAGAAGAGGCUACCUACUGCAGGGCUCCAUUUCUCGCACAUGUCUGCCCAACCUCACUUGGAGUGGUUUUCAGCCUGACUGCAUAGCUCACCACUGCAGCCAGCCAGAGCUGCCAGCCCAGUCGGACGUGCGAGCCAUUGAACUGCCAUCCCUUGGCUACACGCUGAUCUAUACGUGCCAGCCCGGAUUCUACUUGGCUGGAGGAUCAGAGCACAGGACUUGCAAGUCCGAUGGGAGCUGGACAGGGAAACCACCUCUCUGUGCAGCUGACAACCGUCCGAGUGGUAAGAGCCCCGUGGGAACAGUGCAGGAGCCUCCUUCCAAAUUACCAGUACCUGGUGGAGUAUUUGCAAAGAACUCUCUCUGGAGGGGAUCCUAUGAGUAUUUGGGGAAGAAGCAGCCAGCAAUGCUCAGCAUCACGGCCUUUGAGUCAUUUAGCAACCGGGUGAAUGGAACACUACUUGACCACAGUGGCGUGGAGCUCAAACUCGCUGGUACAUAUAAAAGAGAAGAAGCCCAGCUGCUGCUCCAGGUUCACCAGAUCCGAGGUCCCGUGGAGAUAUUUGUCAACAAGUUCAAAAUCGAAAACUGGGCUCUAGACGGACACGUGUCCUACAUCGCUUCAUCCAACUCCUUCGUGUACCAGGGAUUUGUCCGUGGUAAAGGCUUUGGGCAGUUUGGUCUGCAGAGACUGGAGAGUAUAGAUCCCAGCAGAGACAACACAGCCUACAACUUUGCCUCCAACAGCAGUUCAGUGGCAGCAGCCAUCCUAGUGCCUUUUAUAGCCAUGAUCAUCGCAGGCUUCGCCCUGUACCUCUACAAACAUAGAAGAAGACCCAAUGUCCCUUUCAAUGGCUACGUGGGCCAUGAGAACACCAAUGGACGGGCUACCUUUGAGAACCCCAUGUAUGAUCGCAACAUUCAGCCCACUGACAUCAUGGCCAACGAGACAGAGUUCACAGUCAGCACAGUGUGCACAGCUGUAUAGCGACUGCUUCCUCUCAAGUCAAGGGAGGAGAGGUGCACCCGAUCUUUGAGGACAUCCCUCCGUGAUUCCUUAAGCAAGAGGGCAAGACAAAGGUUAUUUUUAUUUGCUGAAAAACAGUCAGGAAACAACUCCAGUGGAAAAAUAUGCUCCUGUAAAAGAAACAACGCAGCAACAUUCAACAACAAAAUGCUUUUUUUGUGACUGGAUAACAUCUUACCACAUCUUGAGGAAAUGUUUGCACCUGAAACUGCAUUCCAGGAGGAAGUAAUGCUGGAAGCAAAGCUGUGACCACUCUCCUUACCGCCUAAACCCAAAGGGAAUUUUGUGAUCAAAAGACGUGAACAUGUUGCUACCAGAGAGCAACAUACAAGUCAACUGUUUGGCAGACAUUUUUCAUUGUUUUCCAUUUGUUUGUUUGUAUUUGCGUUCACCCUUUACGCUGCUUGCUUUCUGUGAUGAGGAACUCUAUUCGCCACCAACCAUCUGUUCCUGAGGCAGUUAAAAGGUUUCAUCCACAGGUCUGCACCACCAGAGGAUGUAUUUAAAAGAAGUGAAGGCCAUGUUGGAGGCAAACUUUUGGCCCCUACUGUUUUUUUAGCUUGUUAAUGACUUCUGUGAUGAAUUCAUCAUGCUGGGCUAUAGUGCCCAGUGGAGGGCUUUGAGGGUGCAAAGGGCUGCAGAAAAAGCACUUAGUGAUCCAAGGCGAUGCAUUUUUUGUUAGUUUUUUUGUUGGUAUCUGCAACCUGACCCCUCGGUUUAAUUUCAUUGCUGUUCUUUGCUUUUAUUUUAAAUGUGGCUUACCACUGUACCUUCACUCUCAUUUAAAUCACUCAAAUUUCACACAAACUCAAAAAAGCAGAAUCUUUGAGAUAAUUACUUAUUUUUUUCUUUCUGUUUCCAAAGAUCUGAAGCUGCAGCAGUUACAGAACAGAAAAUGUACAUUUUCACAAUUAUUAUGAUGCAGUUUAACAGCUAUAUGUCCAAUAUUUUACUUUUAUUACUAAAAUGUAUGGGGUUGAUAUUUUACUGUAAUUCCUUAAUUGAUCGUGUGUGUGUGUGGGGGGGGGGGGGGGGGGGGAUAACACUCAAUUGAUUGUUAUUUAAAAGAUGUCAUUUUAAAUGGAAAGGGAGAAUUUCUCGGAAAUGUUCUGACUCAUGAAUUGAUGUCAUGCUUUUCUUCUUGACACCAUAUACUCGUUGAGAACAACACCUCGACUGGUUGCAGCCAAACGGUGCACUCCGUUCUGCAUCCAUUUCUUCAAGAGGCGAUUAAGCAACACAAUCCAUUUGGUUACUAAAAACUUUAUUAUUAUUUUAUUUAUAAAUUAUUUUCAGAAAAUAAUAUGCAAGAGCCUCAACCCUUUCUGUUUGAAAAAAAGGUAAACUAUUGCAUUGUCCAUCAUAUUUCUGUUGUGUUCAGAUGGCAGCAUUUUUGCUAGUGAGUCACUACAGGGGUUACAAAUGAACACUGAGCUGGUACAGGUGCGAUACGUUAACUUUGUUGAAAAGAAAAAGAAAUAGCACCCUCCACAUAGAAUUGUCGCCCUUCCGACCUCUGGACGUGUUGAGCUAAAAGCAUUUAUUUCAGUGUGAUGUGCAGAUGAAUCAGUGAUUAACUUCGGAUUACAUUGUGGUCUUUUCUGUAAGCUAACUUCUGGCAGCUCUGUUCUGUUUGAAAAAAAACAAACAAAUGUAGCAUUGCUUUGUUUUGUCUUGACUUGCCAUGAAUAGGUUGAAGAGAGCUUCUUUAAAGCUUUGACGGUGCGUAAGUUGAUGCUGUACUAAUUGCUCUAAUACGUUUUCGCCCCAAUAAUCAAAAUAUGAUUUGGUAUAUAUAUGGUCUCCCCAAAUGAAAGAAAGACCAAGAUCUGUGAAUGGAAAAAUAAACUGUUUUGUGACUAAGAAAGCAUUGUCAGGCUGAAACUUGUCUACAGAAGGGCAUGCCUUAUGGGAGGAACAAAUGCUAAAUGGCAUUUUCUCUGUGUAGAUAUGUUUGGAUGUCACUCUGCUCCUGGCUAAUUAUGGCUUGGCUUAGCACCUGUAUGGAUGCUGUGACAGGGAUAAUGCUUGACUUUCAACACAGUAAAUUGAGCCAUUAUAUGCACUUCGUUUUAAUUUUGCCUUGCCACAUUGAUGAGUAUGAAUAGCCAUCUAUUUUACACAUGGAUGGAUGGAUGGAUUAUACAACUGUAGUAUUAUAUUAAAAUGGAAUGCAGAAGAGUGGCUUUGACAUUACAAAUCAUCAUCCAUACAAGCAAAUUAAGUCAGUAAUUCCCCUCCAAAAAUCUAGGCCUUUGAAACCAAUCACUGUAAUCAAAGUGGCUGUGAGCUGGUAAAUGCUUUUACUAUAUUAUUAUUUUUACACCCCUCACUUAUCGCAAUGCCACAGAUAGAAUAUUGCCCCUUGCCAGUCUGCUCGUGAAUUGAUGGGAAAGGAAACAAUUGAAUUAACUCGGAGAUUUCACAGGGAGUGGAGAACCCAUGUUAUCUAACUAGGUAUUAGCGUUCAGUUCUCAAAGUUGUAAGGGGGUUCUUUUAUUUAUUUAUUGUGUUCUAAUAUUGUUCAGAAUAUUUCUUACAGCAUGGAUAUUUUCAUUAUUUCAAGUAGUCUCUGUCCCUUUUAUUUGAGUUUUCCACUCCAUUUUUAUUUUGGCGAAUGUUUUAACAGAUAAUAAUACCCUUUCACAAGCUUAAUUGAGUUAGCACUAAACUAGUGUCAGUGGCCAACAGGAUACAUUUACACUGCAGUUUGAACACUUUCUAACGACAGUGGUUAAAUUAAUUGUAACAACAGGAAUAUAUACAGCGAUUGUUUGUGUGUAAACACAAGGGCUCAGUCUAAAACAUCGGACUCGAACCUUUCUCUUCUCUAUUUUUCUACCCUCUCCACUUUCUAUUAAGCACUUUAUGUUCAUCAUAGUGCCUUGGUCAUGACCUCAUUAUAGUGGUGUGAUAUCUACAGUUGGCUGAAUUUGAAAUUGCAUAGAUCGGGGUCUCUAUUAUCACUCUUGCUGUCCAAACUUGAACAUAACGUGCAUGUAUAACAGUUACAUGCCGAGUGAAGGAACUGCAACUUCACAGAGGUUUUUUUUUUUAGAUUUGUGGUGUUUUAGUUUUUAUUAUGUUUUGCCUUUUUUAGUAAUUUGCAGGGUGCAAAUGUAGUUUAUUGUGUGGAGGGAUUAACAUCAGUUGACUAAUAUGCAGUAUGUGCUUGCCUACGUGUAUUGUUUGCUGAAUUGGUGACAGCAUGUUUUGGGAAGAUUAUAAAGUAUCAACCAAAGAAAACGAUCAUAUUAAGCUUUUGUUGUCAAUGUUGCAUCACUUCUAGUCAUAAUGCAAGUUUGGAAUGGGGUCCAAGACUUUCUCAGUAUUAAUACUGGGUAUUUUUCAACUAGAGAACGACUGUACGGGCGUAGGAAUAUUUUGUAACAUUAUGGGUUAUUCUGCAAAGUUUUCUUGAAGAAAGUGCACCGAAGUUAUAUGGGCAAAUUGGAGUCUCUUUGCAUAUUUAAAGACAUAGAAUAUGUCCAUCCUUGACACAUUUUUGUUAUCAGCAAGGAACAGCUCUCUUCAGCUCACCAUCUCGUCUAUAAUGAAACAGACCCUCUGCUCUGCUUCCCUUAGAGUUCACUAAAUUUCCUGUCAGUCGGGUAUGUGACGAACAGCUACCGUUUUUUUUGUUUUGUUUUUUUUGUCCCUCAUUCUAAUGAAACAGUCUUGCAACACAACAUAUUUGGGGUCAACUAUCCUUUGUUAUCGCCACUAUCUCAUUGUGUUGAAGGCAACUCUGCCAAAGCCACUCUCACUGCUGUGUUAUUCAGUCCCAUUGAAUGCAAUUCAUCCCCAGUUUUCAGCAAAGCUCCUGUGACUUCAGCUUAGAGGGAAAGGAGACAGAUGGAGAGGCUUACUUAUUAAAAAAAUGUAGUUGUUCAAGGACUGGUAAUUUGUCUGAAUGUACUUAAUUUCACUGUGUCCGAAUUUGUUGAUAUUAAGAGUUCAAAAUCAGCUGUUUGGCGGUAUUGUCAAAAGAAAUGCUUUACCACAAGGAACCUUUCUGUGUGCUCUUCUUUGCAACCAGCCCAAAAAAAAUACAAAAAAAAUACAAACAGUUGUUUUUUUUCUCCUUUUUACAAACGUUUUGAAAAUCUGUGAAAUGGCCACUGGAUGAGACUAAAUCUCAUGGCAACUCAAAAGCACCUGAGUGAGCUCCAUGUAGCUCUUUAACAGACUGAACAGUCAAACAGCGAAAAGGCAACGACUGAUGGGUAAAGUCGAGGGGAAAUGAAGUAAAUGUGGACAGGAGAGUCUGUGUAGUGUCGCUAAAUAAAGAUAUUAACAAAUUUAAAAAAAAACAUUUUGUACAGAGAUAUAUUUUUGUGAAAAUACAUUUGUAAUAUAAAAUGAAGAAAAUGAAAUUCACACGUAAUUUUCCCAUUAUUGUAGUACAAAUGCUAGUGGGGAGUCUAUGGAAAUUAUAUAAAUAAAUCUAUAUAUAAAUGUAUACAAAGAAAAAAAAGCUUUUUGUAUAUGUAAAAAGAGUGUACAUAAACGUUUACAUAAGGAUUGUACAUAUGUAAGAUCCACCAUGGCUUGUCUGCAAUAUAUAAAAUGUAUUUUAUCCGUCUGUAUAUGAUGCUUUGCAUUGUGUCUAAGUUUAUUCUACUUUCUUGAAUUCGAAACUUAUUUUGAAGGUUUUUGUAAUAAAACACUUGAAAAACUA